GCUUGUCUGGUCUUCUGGGACCUUUUCUAGCAGCAAAUCCAAGGAUAGGACUAUCCGGCAAAGAUACAAGUACUCAUUAAAUAGUGUGUGUCAGGCUGCACUACUUGCUAGCGACAGAAUUAGUUAAGCAGGCGCAGAUCACCCAGGGCGUCGACUGGCCAACAAGCAGAGCAUCCAUUCAUCCUUUCAUUGGCAGCUGAGGUUUUCCAGUCUAGCUAGCUAGCUAGCGUUAGCCAAGAGGCAGGGGACAGCUGUGUGAGAGCAGGCAUCUUCAAAAUGUCGGGUUACCAAGGGAAGAAGAACAUUCCACGAAUUACAAGUGACCGUCUCCUCAUCAAAGGAGCAAAGAUAGUGAAUGAUGAUCAGUCAUUCUUGGCUGAUAUCUACAUGGAGGAUGGAGUCAUCAAGCAAAUAGGAGACAACCUCAUUGUUCCUGGCGGAGUUAAGAUCAUAGAGGCUCAUGGGAGAAUGGUGAUGCCUGGGGGUAUCGACGUGCAUACCCGAUUCCAGAUGCCUGACCGAGGCAUGGUGGCAGCAGAUGACUUCUACCAGGGCACCAGGGCGGCCCUGGCUGGGGGAACGACUAUGAUCAUUGACCACGUGGUGCCGGAGCCUGGCGUCAGCCUGGUUGCUGCUUUCAAACAGUGGAGGGAGUGGGCUGACAGCAAGUCCUGCUGUGACUAUUCUCUGCAUGUGGACAUCACCGAGUGGAACAAAGGCACUCAAGAAGAGAUGGAGGCCCUAGUGAAGGAUCAUGGUGUCAACUCUUUCCUGGUCUAUUUGGCUUAUAAGGAUGUUUUCCAACUUUCUGACUCUCAGAUCUAUGAGGUGUUCAGUGUCAUCAGAGACCUUGGAGCCAUUGCGCAGGUGCAUGCUGAGAAUGGAGACAUUAUUGCAGAGGAGCAGAGACGUAUUCUAGAGCUGGGGAUCACUGGCCCUGAAGGUCAUGUGCUUAGCCGCCCAGAGGAGGUGGAGGCCGAGGCAGUCAAUCGCUCUGUUACCAUAGCCAAUCAGACCAACUGUCCCCUCUACAUCACCAAGGUGAUGAGCAAGAGCGCUGCUGAUGUCAUUGCCCUAGCCAGGAAAAGGGGUGCUGUGGUUUAUGGAGAGCCCAUAUCUGCCAGCUUGGGCACCGAUGGUACUCAUUACUGGAGCAAGAACUGGGCCAAGGCGGCAGCCUAUGUCACUUCUCCACCACUUAGCCCUGAUCCCACCACACCCGAUUACCUCAACUCUCUGUUGUCAUGUGGGGACUUGCAGGUGACUGGAAGUGCUCACUGCACUUUCCAGACUUCUCAGCGUGCCAUAGGCAAAGAUAACUUCACCCUAAUCCCAGAGGGCACUAAUGGCACUGAGGAGAGGAUGUCCAUAAUCUGGGACAAAUGUGUGGUGACUGGCAAGAUGGAUGAAAACCAGUUUGUGGCAGUGACCAGCACAAAUGCAGCCAAGAUCUUCAACCUGUUCCCCCGCAAGGGCCGCAUCGCUGUGGGGUCUGAUGCCGACCUCGUGUUGUGGGACCCAGACUUCACUAAGAUCAUCUCAGCUAAGAGUCACAACCUGGCUGUGGAGUAUAACAUCUUUGAGGGCACAGAAGUGCGUGGAGGACCUGUGGUGGUGAUCAGCCAGGGCAAGAUUGUGUUGGAGGAGGGCAGCCUUCACGCCACGGAGGGCUGCGGGCGCUACAUCAGCCGUAAACCCUUCUCUGACCAUGUGUACAAGAGGAUAAAGGCUCGCAGCAGGCUCACAGAUUUGCGAGGAGUCCCCAGGGGCCAGUAUGACGGGCCGGUGUGUGAGGUGACUGUGACUCCCAAGAUGUCCACCGUCUCCUCGGUGAAGACUUCCCCUGCCAAGCAGCAGCUGAAGCAGCAACAACAACAGCAGUCUACUCACCAGCCAGUGCGCAACCUUCACCAGUCUGGUUUCAGUCUGUCUGGUGCCCAAAUUGAUGACAACGUUCCUCGUCGCACCACUCAACGCAUCGUGGCUCCCCCCGGUGGAAAAGCCAACAUCACCAGCCUCGGCUAAGCUCUUUUCUCAACUGAGCCGGGGGAUGCAGGGCAACAAGGGACCAGAGGGCCACUCUUAACCACUGUCACAUCACAUCUGGUCACCUCUGACUCCCCCAGCAUCCCACCCAAAGCACUCCAUCCAUUCUUAUUCACACACUACACUCAACAAAAAAAGAAAAAUGAAAGCACUAUUUUCAUGUUGUUUUAUCCAUCGUCAAGGAAGGUUCAAGUGAAUUGAAGCAGUGUUUUUUUGCUGUUUUUUUAAGCCCAGUUUGUUUAUUGAUAAUAUUGAUAUGUUUACAUUUUUAUAUACUUUUUUUGCUGUACAUGUUUAAGCUGUUAUUUGCCCUCUUGACUCAUAAAGUUGCCAGAAGCGGUCCGUGUCAUGAGCGGGCAUUUAGAAACUUCAGGUGUUUACAAUUUUUCUUAAUGCACUCGCUGUUCAUUUCGCACAUAUAAGUAGGAAUGUGAUGGUGGUCAUGUUAUAGUGCCACCUUCAGUUCAAAAUAAAGCCUCCUACACUGUAAGAUUGCUGUUUUAUUACAAAAAUACUAAUCAUGAACGAUUAAACUGUAGAAUAUGGUUUCCGCUUCUUAUAACAUCUAAUUUUAUCUGACGUUUGCAGUAUUUGAUUUUUGUGUAGGUACUGUGUGCAGCUGAACAAUUCACCUUGGUCUUCCUUUUGUGGUUUUACUUUUACUUUUUAAAAAUUAAUGUUUUAUGUUUUUAUCACUUUAAGUCAUUUUGGAAAGCGCUGACUGCACUAAAAGGAAAAGAAAGGGUAUUUAAGGGUUAAACCACUCAUUCAACUCACUCUGAAUAUGAAGGGGAGGAACGACUGGCACAUAACAUUUUCUCUGAGAAACAUGAACCUUAUCCUUCAUUUCAUUGUUUUGUUUUUCCUCAUGUUUGUUAAGAGGUUGUCAUGGCAACAAGCUUCCAAUAAUGACACCGGUGUAUAUUGUUCUGGAUACAAACAGACACUAUGGAGAAGCCAGAUGGGAAAUUUGCAGACAGCCUCUCUGCACCUGGUGCUAUAUGAUCAUUGCUGUAUAUGUGUAGAUGAUGUCCACGUCCACGCAGCAGUUGUGUAAGCUUUGUAAUAACAGCAGUCAGUGGAGUCAUCCAUUUACCCAGUUUUGACAGAAUUUGUUUUGCACCUGUAACAAUCGAAAUGGUAAAAAAAAUUUAUGUGAGCUUGCAAUUUUUUAUUUGUGUUGGAUAUGUCUGUAUGUUUUAGGGUAUUUGUUGAAUUGAACUACUUGCCUGCCUGUUCUGUAAGAUAUUGAUAGCACACUGUAUCUAUGAAGGCUCUUUAAAGAAGUGGAACCGUGAUCUUUGAGACCUGAUGAAAAAUGCUUUAGUAUGUAUAUGAAAUGCCCUCACAGCGUGCUGAUGAUGUGUCCACUGUUCUCGGUGUUAGUGUUGUGAAUGAAUUUCCAGAUAUCGAGUUUUUCUUCUCUUACCUGUCUACCGGCACCAACGAUGUUGACACCAGAUUCACUCGAGGUAGUAACUGUAUUCACCAAACCACAAUGGGUGUUCAGUUUCGCUGCACUGUACAGCCAUACUGUAGAACACUGGAUUGUUUCUUCCUCAUUGCCUUGUCAAGUGUAGGUUUUGUUUGCCAAGCUAUAAUGUGAAGUGAUUUACAUUUGCGGACUUGGUAAUGGUUAUUGAGUUGUGAUGUUGAGCACUGUUUUUUGCCCCACUCCCAGCAAGUGUGAUACUCUCUCAGUCAUGUAUGUUUUGUAGGAUACAAGGGUUUGUGGGGGGGAAAUCAUCGGUUCUGUCAGCAUUUGACCCUAUCUGUGUUGACUUCAGUGGAUUAAAGUAAUAAAAAUUAAUCUUAUUGUA